AUGGAAGGCGAAAGAUGUUUUCCUCCUACAGUAAAGUUGGGACAUUGUCUUCCUCCUACAGUACUUGUAAGCAAAAAUAUAACUUAUUGUGGUCAGCCAGUUGCGAUCGUCGUUGCAGAAUCAUACGAAAUAGCUCUUGGUGCAGUUUAUGCCGUCAAGGUUACAUACAGUAAUGUACAAACUCCAGUCCUCACUUUGGAAGAUGCCAUCAACAAAAAGUCGUUUUUCCCGAAACAGUGUGAUGACAAAGUUGUCGGUGACCCAGACACUGCAAUUGCUCAGUCACCUAAGAAGAUACAGGGAGUCAUCUCUAUGGGAACACAAUAUCAUUUUCACAUGGAAACACAGGUGAGUUUAUGUGUUCCCACUGAAGACGGCAUGGAUGUAUUUUCAAGUACACAGUGGUUAGAUCUUAGUCAAACUGCCAUUUCACAAGUUACAAAACUGCCGAAAAGCAGUAUCAACGUACAAGUAAAGAGACUUGGGGGAGCGUAUGGUGGUAAAAUAACCAGGAAUAGUUGGAUUGCAGCUGCUUGUGGGCUGUCUGCUUAUCUGACAAACAGGCCUGUUAAAUUUCGACUAACUCUUGGUGACAAUAUGAAGGCCAUUGGCAAGCGUUUUCCGUUUAAAGCACUAUACGAGGUUGGAAUGACGGAGGCCGGACAACUGAAUGGCAUAAAGGUUACAUAUUAUGGAGAUUGUGGAAACAGCCCAAACGACAAUUCACUUCCACAGAUGCAGACGUGGGCUGACAAUGCAUACUAUUGUCCAAAUUGGUCGAUAUCCUGCGUGGCUGUAAAAACAAACAAACCUGCCAAUACAGCUGCAAGAUCUCCUGGUUCGUUACCAGCAAUUUUCAUCAUGGAAUCCAUCAUGGAGCACGUAGGGGAAAGUCUUAACAAAGAUCCAUUUGAAACUAGGCUCCUGAACAUGUUCACUGAUACACAGACCGAUCCUCUUACACAAAUGGUAUUGACCAACUGUCAGCUGAAGCCCCAGAUUGCACUGCUACAAGCCAAUGCUGAAUACAGUGAUAGAGUCCAGAAAAUCAACACAUUUAACCAGAAUAAUAGGUGGAAGAAGAAAGGUAUAUCAUUAGUACCAUUAAAGUUCGGCAUAGAUUGGAGAGGUGCCAGAUACGGGUGUCAGGUGUCGGUGUACUGGAAUGACGGUACGGUAGCGAUAUCACAUGGUGGCGUAGAGAUCGGUCAAGGCGUGAAUACAAAGGUUGCUCAAGUGUGUGCAUAUGAAUUUGGAAUUCCAAUGGAAAUGAUAAGAGUAUUGCCAACAAACUCACUAGUCACUGCCAAUGGUAUAACGACCGGAGGUAGUAUAACGUCAGAAAACUGCUGUGCGGGUGUGAUAGAGUGCUGUAAAACGUUGAAAGAAAGGAUGGCACCAGUGAGGGCAAAGAUCACUGAUCCAACUUGGCUGAAGGUCAUCAACGAGUGUUACAACGAGGGCAUUGACCUCAGUGCUAGAUAUAUGACGAAUCCUGAUCAGAAAACUCCUUUCCAAUAUUAUUCUUAUGGUGCAACUAUAGCCGAAGUGGACUUUGAUGUUCUUACCGGAGAACAUCAGUUGACAAGAGUGGACGUUUUGUUUGAUUGCGGUGAAAGUACAAAUCCUGCAUUAGACGUAGGUCAAGUUGAAGGGGCUUUUGUGAUGGGUCUUGGAUACUGGCUGACAGAGGAAUGCAAAUAUGAUCCUACCUCAGGGGCAUUGGUUACAGACAGUACCUGGGAGUACAAACCACCAUCGUCAAAGGAUAUUCCUGUGGACUUCAGAAUAAACUUUGUGAAGAAAAACCCCAAUCCUAGAGGAGUACUUGGUGCUAAAGCGUGCGGUGAACCCCCGUUGUGCAUGAGCUGUUCUGCUUUGUUUGCGUUGAAGAGGGCCAUUGAAUCUGCCAGACGAGAUACUGGCGUCGAUACAUUCUUUCCUCUGAAUGGACCUGCCACUGUAGAAGCGUGUCAACAAGCAUGUUUAAAUGACCCUGCCCAAUUCGUUCUUAUAUAAACAGUGAAACAUAUUAUUGUGCAAAUGAACAAAAGGCAAAAAGAUCUACAUAUCUCGUUUGUUGUGAAGAGUAACAUACACAAUUUUGUGAAUAAGGAAGAAGUAUUUUCCAACCGUUUCUUGCGGUUUAAGUGAUGAUUUCAACAAAUGUUUUUGUUAAUCUUGCAUUUCUGUUAAUUUUUCUCAGGAUAUAUUUACAUGUUUCAAUAUGAUUUUGUGUACAAUUUUGCUAAACUUUCAUUUUCAAUUCUUGAUAUUGAAAGCGUCAUAUCAUUUAAUGAUUUCUUUUUACGUAUUGGAGAUAGGUUUUUUGCAUAAUGUUUCACAUAUACUUGAUACAAUGUAUCACAUUACGUCUCAUGUGACAUUCUUGAAUAUAAAUACUACGCACCGUGAAAUAUGAAUCGACAAUGCAAUCAUGUUAAUGUGUUUUUUGCAUAAGUGUUUAUUUCAAGGUCCACACUGGUUUGUUUGCAAUUCAAUUAGAUUAGCUGCAUGCUAAAGACAUUCUGACAAAAUGCAAUAGAAUGUUGACGUGUGUAGCAAAUUGCAAACGUCCAUAGCCACUAUGUUCUGUUUAUGUAUGAUUUUAAAUAUUAGCCGUGCCAUGAUAAAACCAACAUAAUGCGUUUGCGACCAGCAUGGAUCCAGACCAGCCUGAUCAGGAUCCAUGCUGUUCGCUAUUAGUUUCUCUACCUGUUAUACGGUUCGUAAGCGAACAGCAUGGAUCCUGAUCAGACUGCGCGGUUGCGCAGGCUGGUCUGGAUCCAUGCUGGUCGCAAACCCAUUAUGUUGGUUUUGUCGUGACGCGGCUAAUAUGUUGGCGGCUGAAAAGCAAAUGCAAUGUCACACCAUAGCAUUGCCUUUCGUAUCUAAUCAGGUGAUCGGGUAAAUUCUCUUAUUCUCAGAUUUUUUACGAAAAUGUUUAUAAAACAUCAUGUUUAAAGGAACUCAAAUUAGGGUUAAAAGCCUAUAAUCGUGCAAUUUAAAAAUUGUACAUAUAUCAAGUGUAGGACUUUAAAAGGAUAAACCCGCAAAAGGCAAAUAUAGAAAUAUACUCAUAAUAGAAUUAAUUGAUCGAUUUUGUGCGAGUAUUAGCCAGCUUUUAAAACAAUUUUCAUUUUUGGGUCAUUUUGCACAAUAAAAAUAAAAUUCUGGAAAAGCGGGUCGAUAGAAUGAUUAGAAAAUUUGCAUACAAAUUAUUGGACCAGACCUCCAUCAAAUAGUAUACAAAAGUUGGAGAGAAAAUAUUUUUAGUUCCGUUAGUGAAAAACACUUCAACGGAGUCCUUCUAAAAAGUUUUCAGAUCAUCAGGGCAUUGCUUUAUGCUAUUUUCGUCUUCAGAAAUAUUAUAUCAAUUGAAAAUACAGAUAACUGUAUAUAUGUAUUUUUUAUUUCAAUUUUAACACAUAUAAUAAUAAUGAUUUUUCUAAAGAUUAUGAUUUUUAAAAGACAAUUUACCGCAUUUAUGUGUUUACCAAUAAUGAAUUAUUGUGUCAUAGAAUUAUAAUUUAUGAAUUGUACUCAUAUUUAUGAGACUUUUCUAAUAAAAUUGAUUUACAU